UUCCUUAUCCUCUAUCCUGAGGAGAGGUCUUCAGUCUUCACUCUCUCACUCCAAGCAGAGAAAGGAAAGGAAAAUGGCUUCUUCCACUCUCUCCACUCUUUCUCUCCGUUCCCCCUCUUACCCUCCACCAACUUCCUCUUAUCCUACGCAUCCCGUCCCUUUCAGAACCCCUUCUCUCCAAUUCCCUCUACGUUCCACCGCCCCUUCUAACCUCACCCACCGCUGCACCUUCCUCCGUCCUCUCAACGCCACUGCAGCACCCGAAAAAAUUGAAAAACUCGGCACCGAAAUCUCCUCCCUAACUCUCGAAGAAGCCCGAACCCUUGUCGACUACCUGCAAGAGAAACUCGGCGUCACCGCCGCCGCCGUUGCCCCGGCUGCGGUCGCCGUUGGAGGCGCACCCGGUGCGGACGCGGGGGCCGCCGCUGUCGAGGAGAAGACAGAGUUCGAUGUGGUGAUCGAGGAGGUUCCAAGUAAUGCGAGGAUUACGGUGAUUAAAGCCGUUAGGGCUUUGACGAAUUUGGCUUUGAAAGAAGCGAAAGAUUUGAUUGAAGGGUUGCCGAAGAAGUUCAAAGAAGGGGUUUCGAAAGAUGAGGCUGAGGAUGCGAAGAAACAGCUUGAAGAAGCUGGAGCUAAAGUUUCUGUUGCUUAGAACUACCUUUUAAAGGUCUUUUUUUUUCCUUGGAUUUUUUUGAAGGUAGUCUUUUUGUAUGAUUAAUUCUCAGUACAGUAGAACAAUAUUAAAAAUUUGUUGUAUUUUGAAGAUUUAAUAUUCCAUAUUUCUCUUUGUUAAAAUGCUUAAUUUGGGUACUUGAAUGGAAAUGAUGAAUUUCUGCUUGA